AUGUCUUUGCUUCAUUUGGAAUAUCGUCUCGUUCCGGAACAUCCACUACCAGCAGCUGUCGACGAUGCACUCGCACUUUAUCGUGCUCUUCUUCGUAAUGGUAUCUCUUCUUCUCGUCUUAUAAUUAUGGGAGAUUCAGCUGGUGGUGGUCUUACUUUAUUAACAGUUCAAGCUCUCCUCGAUCGUCAUUUACCUAUCCCUCGUGCUGUUAUUACUAUAUCUCCGUGGACUGAUUUAUCAUUGUCCGGUGAGAGUUACGAACGUAAUCGACUAACUGAUGUAAUGCUUCGCUUAGAAAGCCUAAGCUGGAGUGUCGAACGAGCUUUGGGUUCGAAUCAUGCUCAAGUAGCACGGGAUAGUCCUGUACACAGUCCUCUUUUCGGCUCAUUUGAAGGAUUUCCUCCCAUGUAUAUCACAGUAGGCACAGCAGAAUUAUUAGAAGAUGACUCGAGACAUGUGGCAGCCAAAGCACAAAAUGCAGGUGUGGAUGUAACAUUGGAAGUCGGACUUCAUAUGGUACACGUGUAUCCAAUUUUAUUUUCGUAUUGUCCUGAAGCAAGAAAUACACUCGAUAACAUUCGUCAAUGGGUUGAAGCAAAAUUUCAAGAAGAAAUUAAGGCCUAA